AGCCGAUACUAGUAAUGAAUGUCCCAACAAGUUGUAGACGAAUAAUACAGCUCCAAAUUAAAAAUUCGAAGAACUUCACCACUAUUCUGCGUUCAAGAUCAAGUUUUCAAGAAAGUUCCAUUGGGGAAAAUCAUGCUGCGCCAGAACAAGAACCAGCGUGGCAGGUCGCCACGGCCGCGGAGAGCAACACCAUCUUGGUUUCAACAUCCGGGUUGUUGUCUCCUCAGUGGCAUUGUCAUCGCAGGCGGAACAAGAAACCGACCGUCUGCAGUGAUUUUGCAGUCCAAGUUGGUCUUCCUCGCAGGGCUAACAAGCGCUGUAGUAGAAUCACGACACGAUCAUGUCCUGCUGGAUGGUGGUGCACGAGUGCAAAUAGCGAACCUGGAACACAUGAAUCUGCAACACACGACAGCCCAGACGCUGGAAAUCUCUUCUACCGCUGCAGCUGCUUCAGUGGAUACCACGACCGCAACAGAUGAGCUCGCGAUUGCAGGAUCGAGGGUUCAUGAAAAUAGCGCAACAUCUACAUCUUCGAACAGAGAGGAAUACGAACGCCAUCAUGCUGUGCUGACCGCGCCAGGGUCGCAGCUAGAAGAAACAACAACCACGUCGGACGGCGGACAGGACACGGGCACUAGUAAUACAGAGUUCCAAGAACGACAGGAGGAGCAACACCAGCGCGACAGAGCUGUACUAAAAACCGCGGCCCGUGUAGUGAAAAAUGAAGCAAAGAGUCCCGAGCAAAUCUGGUUUCAGCAGAACGUGUUGGAGACCGUACGGAAACGGGAAACAGGGAGAAAAAUCGAGUAUAGUAGUAGGCCUGCGCCGUCGAGGACAUCAACAAGAGCGAACUGGAAUGAAAUAAGAAAGGGCGCGCGAGGUUCUCGUACUGCAGCCCUGGAUGUUGCCUCAGGAGGAACUACUACAACAAGCUGGAACCAGAAAGCACGGAUCUACGACCGCGGUGCAGCAGGUCGACCUCUUCUGAAGCUGAACCAAACAAGCCUCCUCCAGACCGAAAGGAGCCAAGUAGUACAACAGACGAACAAGAGGAAAACACAAAAUAAAGCGUCGUUCACCUCGACUUCGAACAGACACGCAUAUGAAAUAAGCGACGAGCAGGCUGCAAAUGCAAAAAUAAGCACUUUCGCACAGGACCUCCUCGACCUGGACCUGACAGCCGGGGAAGGGAACGCGACGAACAUGGGGACGGGAAUCGUCCUCGGGUUUCAACCAGGGCAGAUUCCGCUCUGGUACCACUGCUUACGGAACUGGGGCUGCAGCGGACUCAUCGGGCGCGUGAAAAACACGGAAACCGGACUCUUCGGAGCGUUGCAUCCGAGCCUGUUCCGGGAAAUGAUCGACCAGGAGCAGUUCGACUUUGACGGGGUCAACAACUCCGGGCUGAAUGCGGCUCUGCCGGGGAACGUCUUUCGCGAAGGCGAAGAGUGGGACUUUCCCGACGAGGGCCAAUGGGCCAGGUCCGCGCCCUUCAAGUUCCCAAUCCAGCACACAAUUCCGGACUGGUUGGGGGAUGAGGGCCGAAACGGCACCUUCCACUUUUCCAAGUACAAAGUGCACAUGCGCGUCGAUCACGAGCCUAAAGUAACAAACCGAGACGAAGCGCGAGCAAAGAAAUCGUUCGAGAACGGUAUGGCUUGCUCAGAUGUUACAAUCUCAAACGUUACAACAGAAUCUGGAAUUUGUCUUGCAUGAACAGCAUGAGUACCAUACAGAGACUUGGGCUUUUCGCAAUACAAAUUUCGUCAGAAUCUCAUGUGGUUUGGGGCUCCGAAACUUGUCAUGCGCGCUCCUUUGGGAGUAGGCCAGAUGUUGCGGAUUUUGCAACACAAAUUCCAAAUUCUAUUGCAACGUUUGAGAUUGUAACACCUGAGCGGGUUAUAAACGGUGGCGGUUUAUUUUUGAAACUGUAUUCCGACGACACGGUCCUGGAGAGCCUGACCAGCACUGGCGAUUUGGACGAUAUGCUCACGUUCAAUUACACCGAAGUGCUCCCGGAGCACCGCGAGGAGGAGAAUCCGGAUGAUUCCAUGUACCGGGAUUAUGUUGCGAAGUACGGCGAAAAGUCGUCCCUUCAGAAAACUUGCGGGGGUGUCGCCCCGGACGAGCGGAUUACCAAAGAGAAGUACUGGCAACAGGACUUGGUGUGGACUUCCAGCGUCGAGGCCUUCCGCCGGUGCCAGACGGAGCCCUGCUACUUCGAAUUUCGGGCCAUGACCCCGGGAAUUGCCUGCAUGCAGCACAUCAUGCUGAAGGACAUCCGGUUUUGCCUCGACUACAUGAUGGAAGCGUCCUCUACCGUGAAAAUGUGGAAUGAUCCGGACAUCCGGCAUCUCUGGUGCGAAGGCGAGUUUCCGGCGCAAACCAUCACUCAUCCCGAGGAGCGGUUGGACCCGGACAACGACUACGAGCUCCCGCGAAUGGAGCUCCGCGGUGCGUAUGACGAGCAGACGAUAUUCUGUGACUGCGAAGAGGGCUACGGAAUUUUCGACUGUAUUUCUGAUAACGCUGCAAAACCAGACUGCGAAACCUGCCAUCUGAAAAAAGGUACUGAUAUCAAUUUACUCACGUGGCAACUUCCUCUUUUAGUUUCCAUGCAAUAUUUUGCCAUAGAAACAAAAUACUACUUAUUAAACAAAUCAGAUUACCAAAUAGUGCGGAGUAACGAAGCGGCGGGGUACUGUGAGUACGUCGGAGAGUAUCCAAGGAGAAAAGUGCCACAGUCAGACAUGUAGUAGUGAUGCAAGUGCAACUUGAGCGGCACAGAUUUGUAUUUCUGCAUCACAAAGUGCAAGUGGAAAACUUGUGAUGGGCGCUAGUAACGGAAAAACGCACACUAACGUGAAACGAUGUAGCUCGCGAGCACUUUGUUCGGCAUGACGGAGGUUAUCUUUCAUCUUGCUUGCCCCGCAACACCAUGUGUAACUGUAGCUGCGCUUUUUUCUCGCGAUAGGGAGCUCCCGUCGUGGAUGACGGCGACAACUUUGCUCGUGAUGGCGCUCACCGCCGGUGGCUUGGGCGUGGGCAUCUUUUGCACGUAUGCGUAUUACGAGACCAUGAUGGCAGACCCGCGGGGCGACAACGCGGAGCACGACGUGAUGGACUACGUGGACGAUGCGGCGUGGGCGGCCCAGUACGAAGACACCAGUCCGCUGGCCUACGGCGCGACCGCUGGUGGGCCGGAAAAUCAGCAGUACAUCGACUACGAAGGGGAUAUGGGUGGCGGCGUGGAUCCAAACGCACCGCCCGGAGGGGGACCCUGGUAGGAGAGCCCUGUCUUGUACAAACGAACACCAAGAAAUUAUCCAAACCCUAUACCUUGUUUCUCUUUUUGAUCUCUUGAUUGAGCUUCUUCUGACCUUAAAACCGAAUGCACAACAUCGCAGCUGUUCCGAACUACAGCCGACGAGGAUCUUCGUGUACGAUAAAAGUUUCAAAUGGAAAUGUCUCGAUUUCUAGUCUGGGUAUUAGCAAAUGAAAAUUGUGGAAAGAAU